AUGGAUAUGGCAAGAAGGGACCAAAUCAUCGCGGCUAAAGAAAAACUUCAUCAAUACAAAUUAGCGGCGGAAGAGGUCGAAGAGAGAAAGAAGGCUCAAGCUCGUAGACAGGAGGCACAAGCUGAAGAGGUGGCUCAGGCGAAGGCGACUCUGGUGUACCACCAGAAUAAAGCAAAGUUAGAAGCAGAGCGAGAGAAGGCUAGGAAGGAGGCAAGAGCGAAAGAAGAAGAGGAGUACUUACGUCAGCACAACAAGACCGUCAAGCAGGUUCUUAGUCAGACUGCGAAAGGUGAAAUGAACGAUAGUGGAGUCGACGAUGAAGACGAAGAAAGCGAAGAAGUUGAGAGUAGCCAAGAGGGUUCAGAAGCUCCUAGCCAAAACCCGGACAAGAAGGAUGAGUCCCCUGGUGAAGAUUUGAGAGAGAAAGGUGGAAAGGAAGGGAAUUCACCGCUAAGAAACUCCUCUCAUCCGACGGCUGCCGAGUGGGCCUGCAAGCCCGUGGUCCAUGUGGGGACAGGUCCUAGAGCUGCUUAA